CAUUCUGGACCUGUGAGUGAAUUCAUUCUUCUUGGAUUCCCUUGUACCUGGAAGAUUCAGAUCCUCCUAUUUUCAUUCUUCUCAGUGAUAUAUGCCUUGACACUAAUUGGAAACCUGUGCAUUAUCAGUGCAGUGUGGUGGGAUCACCACCUCCAUACUCCCAUGUACGUCCUGCUGGCCAAUUUUUCUUUCCUGGAGAUCUGGUAUGUCACUUCUACUGUCCCCAAUAUGCUAGCCAACUUUCUCUCUGAGACCAACACAAUCUCCUUCUCUGGCUGUUUUGCCCAAUUCUACUUUUUCUUCUCUAUGGGCACUACUGAGACCUUCGUCCUGUCUGCCAUGGCCUAUGACAGAUACCUCGCCAUCUGCAGACCACUGCACUAUCCCACCAUCAUGACAGUUGGGCGCUGCAUUAGAAUGGGGGCUUGCUGCUGGGUGUGUGGCUUCUCCUGCUUCCUCCUCCCUGUUUAUCUCAUAGCCCAACUUCCGUUUUGUGGCCCCAAUACUAUUGAUCAUUUUUUAUGUGACCCAGGACCCCUUAUGAAGUUGUCCUGCGUGCCAUCUCCUGCCACUGAGAUCACCUGUGCCAUCUUUAACUCUGUCCUCAUUUUCUCCACCUUCCUCUUCAUUACCAGCUCCUACACCUUGGUGAUCAGAGCUGUACUAAGGGUCCCUUCAGCAGAAGGCCGGCGUAAAGCCUUCUCUACAUGUGGCUCCCAUCUGGCUGUGGUAGCCUUGUUCUAUGGCUCUAUCAUGGUGAUGUACGUGAGCCCAACUGCAGAUAAUCCAUCGGGGAUCCAGAAAAUUGUGACUUUAUUUUAUUCUGUGAUGACUCCUUUUUUUAAUCCUUUGAUCUAUAGCCUCCGAAAUAAGGAGAUGAAGGAGGCCUUGAAAAAACUGUAUAGGGUUAUCAGAUUCGGUCAAAGACAAACUCUCAAGAACUAG